AUGCAAAAAGCGGGGACCAUCAAACAUUCAAAUCAGGCAGUACUUAGUCCUGAUGGAAAAUUCAUAGCAACCAUUCAACCAUUAAAGCUUAGCUUACGAGAAACAUCUACACUAAGAAUCAAAAUUGUACUACCUUUACCGUCUGAUGUGUCAGUUACAUGGCUUCGAUGGUCGCCGUCAUCCACUCGUAUCCUCGUGGGAUCUUCAGAUAUACUCUUAAUCUUUUCGGUGACUGGUAUCGACAUCCUUGCCAGUAUCAGAAAUCCCAAUUUCGAAACAACAAAAAUCACCUCAGUAUUUUUUGGUGCCAACGAUGAUGAAAUACUUUUUGUACACGACUUUGGUGUUAAACUCUCUAUCUUUAACCUAUCAUCGUCAGGGCCUAUUGAUAUACCCAAUCUUAAAUUAUUUAGCCCAGUAUCGAUACUUCAAGGAUGUUGUUUUCGGCCUGGCACUGCCAACUUAACUCUAUUGACAAGAACCAACGGAAAAGACAUUAUCAGUAUUCACUCUCGAGGCUCAUUGCAAAUAGUAAGAUCAUGGUGGCCAAAGACAAUUGAUGCCCAGGGCAUUAGUUGGAGCGGCGACGGUAGAUGGCUAGCAAUUUCUGAAUCAGCCUGUCAGGAUUAUAAGAUUUUCAUCUACACAGCUGAUGGACAUUUAUACAAGACAUGGCAAGGGAAAAUUGAGGCAAACAGAAGGAACGAUUCAUCGAUUACAGGAAUUGGAAUAAAACUCUUUGAAUGGAGCCCAAAUAGCAGUUACAUUGCAAUAGGAGAUUACAGUCAAAAAGUAACCAUACUUAUCGCACCAUCCUUCUCAGAAUCUUUUGUUCUAUUUCACAGUACUGCCGUGACGCCUACUGAAUCUUGCCUUAUGUGGCUGGAGGUGAUAAACUCGGCACAAUUUGCAUGCAGGCGUGAAUUAAAACUAGCAAAGCAAACAGUUCUUCUUCCGUUAACGAAUAAAAAAGAUGAAACUAAGGCAGGUGCAAAUUUCAUGAAAUUCGAUCAGUCAGGUAAAUUUUUGGCCACAAAAAUAGAAGAAACUCCAACGACUGUGUGGAUAUGGGAUAUGGCUGUCCGAACAAUUAGAGAAGUGUUUGUCCUGGAAUGUCCUAUAUGUAAAAUCUCAUGGCAUCCUAUCAUCCAUGGGCUCUUAAUGUUUCAAUGCGAAGGAGACGAUGUUAGUAAUCUCGUAUACUUAUGGGAACAGACAUGGCCUACACCAAAGUUUUUGGAUCUGACGACGCAAAUACUUGGGGGCAAGAUUUCAGGAAAACCGGGCUUCGUUCAAUGGCUUAUGGAUAACCCUUCUAAUCCGUCCAUUUGCGUCUCGGAAUCCGAGAAUAUAAUUACGAUUCCUAUCAGCAAAGCACAAGCCUAG